AAACAUAACAGUAUAAAGUUGGAGCUUCAAAAUCAUCCUAUUCACAGCUCAAAAUAAUUGAUAGUAAAGUUCGAAGGCCGAAUAUAUUGGAAGAAGACAAGAUAAAAGGAAAGAUGAAAACAUCCGCGCUGCUAACAGCGAUACUUAUUACCAUUCGUCUGGUUCAUGUUAAAGCAUAUUCUGAAGGAAUCGUUUUUACUGGACUAGAGGGGAGCAAAUCUUUAAAGCCAGUCAUUGUGGGCAAGUCCUUUAUCAUUGACUGCAACGUGAACAAUGAAAAUGUCGAGAAGAUUUCACUUUAUAGAAGGAUGCCAAAUAACGUUAAAAAGAAGGUUGUAAUGGAUGGUAAAGUUUACAAACAGAAAGAAAAAAACAGAUUCGAGUUAACACUUACCAGCAUCAAUCAGGCUGGAAUGUAUCUGUGUGUUGCAGAACUUUACGGGACGAAGUAUGAAAAACAAGUUCCUGUAAUAGUGAUUGGAUUAUUGGAGGAUAUCACCCCAUUGCCUGAAGUGACAUCAAAAUUUUUAGCAAUUGAGGUUGAUCAGCAAUUGAUUGUUUCAUGUCAAAGCAAAGGGCCUCGGACUUUACUUACUUGGUACAAAGGAGGAAAGAAGCUGACAGACGAUCGGAGAAUAUCAAUCAUAAAUUCUUAUCUUACCUCCGGAGUUUCAUCCAAGCUGACAAUUAACAAGGCUUUAAGGAAUGAUUCAGGGAUAUAUCGAUGCAAAGCCACAACCAGUCUAAAGCCAGGAUAUUUCUCCUUCGUUGACGUUAAAGUUGCUGUUAAGGAGGCAACACCUGUAGUAAGCAAAGACACAUUCCAAAUCGUUAAAGUCGGCUCAAAAGUUGUAUUAGACUGCAGUCUACCCAACUCCAAUGCUCCAGUUGAAUUCUUUUACCAAACACACAGAGGAUACUUAAGGGAAAUACACGAUGCAUUUGAAAACAUGACGGUAGAGAAAGAAAGAGCAACUUCAAAUAAUGUUACUAUAAGAAACAUGGGGAUUUACAUAUGUAUUUCAAAUGGAGUGAAGAUAAAAAAAAUAUUGCUAUUUGUCAUGCAAGAUCCCGAGAAUGUGUGUGGCAAUUUCAAGAGCAAAGCCCUGAAAUAUCUUUGUGAGCAAAGCAACCCAGAUUUCAAACAAUUCUUGAAGAAACUGCUUGGAUACCUUGGUGACAGCUGAGCAUAAAACAUGUAACUUCAAUUGUGUAUCUUACUCAGAGCAUAAAAAAGCAUAUAGUUAUUGCUGUUAAGAAUAUUUUUCGAAGUAAUUUGUCAAAAUUUGAUUGAAAGUUGGAUGGGAUAGCACAAAAAAGAAAGCAUUUGAUUUUUAAGCAUUAGCAUUAAUGUAUUUGUAAUUGUCAAAAUCACUUUCUGUAUGCCUUUCUGUCUAAAACUUCUGCCCUCCAUAAUAAUCAGCAGGUCAGUCAAUUAAUUAAUGACCAAUAGAACAUUUGAUACCACCAUAUAAAGGCAUGUAUAAGAUUAUUGAUAUCUGUUAUGUGCCAGGACAGAGAACCUUCUCAGAGUGACAUCACAGGCCAGUAACAGGAUUUUUACACCCCCUCACCUUAAUUUCAUUAAGCACAAUAAAAUUGGCAGACAACAUAUUGUGGGUCACUUCAUUAGAUUUCCACUGCUACAAUGUUUGAGAAACCUGGUUUAUAUGAUUUUAUAUGAUAAUAUGGUUUUAAAAACCUCAAACAAAAGGCAAUAUUGGAAAGUUAAUAUGGUUAUUGUGGGUAGAGCCAAGACCCUUUGACAGCAAGUGUACAAUCUGGCUGUCUGUUUUUUCUUUCAGCAGUUUGAUACUUCCGUUAUUGAUAGUUGAUAAACAUAAUUAAGCUUUCAGCUUUUGUCCACAAUGCAGCACAUGGACUGUGCAAGUUCUCCAGUCCCAAGAUGUAAUUUACAAACUGUGCUAUCUAAUUGCACUAGUGUCUUAGACUUUUUUGUUAAACAAUUUAUUUGGUGUUUUGGUCUCAGAAACAUUCAGUUUUUCUGCACCAAAAGAUUUUUGAGCAGAGGGCUAAUUGCUAUUGAAAUAAUUGCUGCUUAUUUCUAAAGAUGAAGUGUAAACUACGUAAUCAUGAAAUGUAUUAGUGCAUGAGAUGCCAUUUUAAUAAGUUUUUCUUUAUUGCCA